UAUUAGAGACCGCGGCACUGAACGUGAGCAGUCCAUUGCCUCGCGCGCAGCAAUGGAUCGAGCCGCUUCUGAACUUUGCGGUUCGAACCUUUCUAAACCAGCGAAGUCAAACAAAGUUGGAUUCUUGUCUCGUGUCUUUGACAAAGUUCCGCUCGGGCGCUUCGCCGUUUUCUCCGUCCUGCUGUUCCUUCGUGUCACGUCUUGUUCAGGAACAAACCUGCAGGACGCCCCACAGAAGAUCCAAGCCUUCGUGGGUGAAACAGUGGUUCUGCCCUGCAACAUCUCUGUCUCAGGUGAACUGCCAACGGUGGAAUGGUCAAAGGAAGGUUCAAACGUAGCGUUCCUCUACCGGGACGGUUGUGAGGACUUUGCCAUGAAGAAUGAAGCUUUCCGAUACAGGACGAACCUCAUCAUGAAUGAACUGAAAGAUGGGAACAUCUCACUGAUGAUUUCUGAUGUUCAGCUGACGGAUGCUGGUAAAUACCAGUGUGUGAUUGUCAAGGGGAGAAAAGGUCGGAACGUUGUCAAAACGCUGGAGCUUGUUGUGGGUGCCUUUUCUGAGCCAAAGCUCUCAGUCGUCUCAGGUGCAGACGGUGCACAGACUCUGGAAUGUGAGACGAGCUGCUGGUUCCUGGAGCCUGAAGUUACAUUUGUAGACGAUCAGGGAAACAUCAUCAGUGGUGAAAACCUAAAGAGACAUCAAGAGCCCAGAGGAUGCUUCACCGUCACAAAGAGAGCGACUGUGCCCACUGGCUCCAACAGGGUCACGUGCAGAGUUCACGAGCCUCAGAUGAACAAGACCAGAGUCUCAGAGAUUCACUACAUAAGAGGGGACUGUGUUUCCUCCUGCAUUAUACCCUUCGCCAUUGCUCUUCUGUUGGUCAUUUUAGGGUUUUCAUGUGUCUUUAUAGGCAAAAAAUAUGUGAACACAGAAACAUGCAGGUGGACAUCCAAACCAAUCCUUCCAAUCAUCAACCAGGCAGUAAAUGAACCUGCUGGGCUUCAGACACAAGUUCAGGAGCUGCAGAACCAACUUAUUGAGAAAGAGGAGACAAUUCGCCGACUGACAGCACAAGUGGAUGAACUCGGAUCUAGACGCAGUCCUGUCCUGCAGCAGGAUCAGCCUACGAUCAGCGCUGGUCCCUCCACAUCCUCUCCAAACAUGUCAAAGCCUGCUAGCCUCCCCCUGGACCAGCGCCCUCAGGUCAGCAGUGCAGAGCCACCAGCCUCAGCCCACAGCAAGCACUCAGCACAAGAAGCCAGAGCAAGGAAAGACUCAAAAGCUGGGGUCCUGAGGCAAAAGACACCAGUGGAGCCUCGGGUCAAAUCAAGCAGCCACAGCAAAAGCUCCCCUGCUCUUUGUAUGAGCGAUAGAACCGACGCAUCUGCUUCAUCUUCAUCCUCCUAUUCAGAUAACACGGUUUCCUAUACAAGGACCCAUUCUCAUCCUCCUCUAAAUGCAGCCAUUUCCUCUCAUAGACACACCUUCUCAGCUCCACUAUCAUAUCUUUCUCAUAACCCCUUCAGUGUUUUGGAGAAUUUAAGUGAGGAGUCAGAGAAGCUGCUUUCACAAGAGAACAAAAAAUAGUAAAAGAACAGAGAUCUGGAAGCCUGUUUGUGAGAUCUAAGAUGUGGAUGAACCACUUUCAGACCUGGACUUGGUCACCGGGGGUGUGUUCCAGAAAGCAGGGUUUUUAACCCUCUGCUAGACCCUGAACUCUGGGUUGAUUAAUGAGCGGCUUCGGACAUUAUCACGCCACUCAAUGGUCAUUAUCAGUGGUUAUCAGCCCAUACGUAUGGGCCGGUAGGUGCCCAUCUACCUGCUGGCAGCGGUGAAUAGGUGCAGUAGGUCGUCGUCAUUGAUCCGUAAGGUUGAUCACGGCUCGGAUGAUUUAACCAGCAGAGCCAGUAGGGGCGCUGUUGAGCGGUUGUUGUUCCGACGGGAGGAUCGAAGGUUUUGAUUUUCAUUUAUUAGCGAGCAUAACUUAGCAAGUAGCUAGCGGUGUUGUGUUAGCUAACUGUAACCUGAACCCCCCACCCGUUAUCCAGCCCUAACCCUAACCACAAUAACCUCUAAAGCUGCUUAACAUACGUACGUGCGUACGUGCGCAGCGUUUUGGCCAGUCCUCACUUAUUUGAAGGCCUGUUUGAGGGUUAAGAUGUGAUAUCAGGGUGUUGUGACGCCUAGGGUUAGGGUUUAGGGAAGGCAUUAUGUCAAUGGAGGCCCCUACUUCCAUGUAAAUACAAGGAUGUGUGUUUGUGUAAAUUAAUGAUUGUUUUAGGAGUAAUACUACAUAAAUACUUUAGAUGUGAGGUCAAAGUUAUUUGUUUCUGUAUUGGGAAAUAUUGUGUCUCUGUCCUUUUUCUUAUCCAAAACAGUCAUCAUGUGCUGGUUAGGUUCAACACUGAGCUCCUUACACAAACAACUAAUUUCUUGCGCCCUGUCCUACAUCAAGUUUAAACAUCCUAUGUUGUAACGUGAACAUUCUUCAUUCAGUACAAUGCUCUCAGGGCGCCCCCUGGUGGCAACAGUUUGCUGGCUUUGCCUGUUUAUGAAUUGACUUUUACAGUACAUGUCACUGCUUAGUUUAAUUGACUUGCAAAAAAAAAAAUUGGCAUAUCCUGAACUAAAAGCUACACACGUACCUGAUAUGCAAUUCAUAAUAGUUGAUCUACUUUACUAAAAUGUCUUUUAAUGCACUACAAACAUUAGAAUCUGUAAUUACAUUUACACAGGUUUGGAAGUGCAGAGUUUCUCUGGUUUGUGAUAAUGUCAUGACUCAAGACUACUUACAGCUGGUUUGUUGGAGGGUAAAGUAAAAAUAGUACAUUUUCUUAUUUGUUCAUUAAAUUGACUGCAAAGCUG